AUGCAACUAGUAUGGGUCAGAGCACAUGCAGGUCUGGUAGGCAAUGAAACAGCCGACAAACUUGCCAAAGAGUUACAUGAUCUUAUUGGAAACAAAUUAGAAGAUAAUGAAUAUAUCACAUUAUUGACAUGGAUAAGUGCCUAUGGGAGCUCAGAGAUGCUUGGACAUCCAGAUCUUAAUAUUGAUGUUUCAAAGCUGCCUCCAUUAUUAGAAAGCAAUGUUAUUACCAGUUUGGUAAAUCAAUAUUUACACAAUGUCAAACGGAAUUACCGAGAUUGGAUGAAGAAUGCUCUUGCUACUGAUGUAAAGGAUUGGCAACAAAAUGAAGGACCAGAUGAAGAUGAAAGUGGUUAUUUUCACACCCAAUUGCCGUUAAUCAUGUAUAAUAUGUUAGAUCAGCAUUUACAAGUUGCACAGACUGUUAAUAAAGAACUUGUUCAUCGUAUGAUGCAAUUGAGUUUUGAGGAGGUGUUUGAAUUUACACGUCAGUAUGAAGAAUCCAUUAUUUCCUACAGAAAUAAACAUUUUGAAAACAGAAGUGUGGUGAAAUACUUUACAUCCUAUAUGAUUGCAACAGCAAACAAUUGCCUUCAGUUUUGUGAAUUUGCUGAUAAGUUGAGGCUACGUUAUUGUAAAGACCUAAAUACAAUUUCUGGAACUGCAGAAAAUAUAUUUUGUAAAACAAUAGAAGCAUUUCUGAAACUUAUAAUAGUAGUAUUAAAAGCUUUAAGAGAAGAACUUUUUAUGGACUUGAAUAGCCAUCUUAAUGAGGUUAUGACUCGUACAUGGUUUUUGUCUGGUACUGAAAUUGUAGACACUAUUCAUGCUACAUUAGAAGAUUAUGGGAGUGAUUAUACCCAUCUCCUGCCAGAAAACUUUAAUUUACUGAUUACGGAUGUAAUGAAUCAAAUAGCUGUUAAUUAUAUUCAUUCUGUUUUGCAAAGGAGAAUGAGUUUUAAAAGUUAUGAAGAGCGAAAGCAAGCCGCUGAAAAGAUGUGUGAAGAAGGAAAAGUGUUGCAGCAGUUAUUUCAACGAGCUCCAUUUAAUAAAAGGUUAAGCUCAAUAGUGAAAAAGAGAGUAUAUUAUGAUGGAAAAAUAACGCUGGAAAAUGUACUGAAGAAAUUUGUUCCAAUUGAGGAAUCUAAAGAAUCACCAUUUGAAGCAUUACCACUUCUGGGAGAAGUUGUAAAGUUAAAAGAUAUAAGCAUGUUGUCUUUAGAGAUCUCUGGCGUUAUACGGCAUUAUCCGGAUGUUACUUUAGAACAGCUGGUUUCUUUAAUAUUACUUAGGGGAGAUAUGAGCAAAAAUGAAGCAAAGCAACUUGUGUCUGACAUUAUGGCAGAAAUAGGCUCACAACAUAAAGAAAGAACAAUAUUUUCUGAUAUAUCUGUUUCAUUAUAAAAGACAUUUGUUUUGUUUAUAAUUUUAAAGUCUGCAUAUUCAUAAAAAGCACCAUUUAUAUUUUUUUAAUUAAGGAAUUAUAUCUUUAAAUUUAUUUGCAUCGCUCUUGAAGUGAUUUGACGUUAUCAUAAUUAAAAGUUAUAUAGAAGGAAAAUAGUUUUGUAUAGUUUACUAAGCUUUUGUUUUUUGUAAGCAAGUGGAAGUAUGAUGGAAAUGAAACUUACUUCUAUAUGUAUAUUAUGUAUUAUAUAUAGUUGUAAAUAAAAGUAAAUUUUUGAAGUGUUA